GGAAGACUUCAUCAUGACUAAGAUGAAGGGCCGCAAUAAAAGCGUUGGAUUAAACUGUUUGUCAAGAGCGUGAAGGUGUUUAUGCCACUGUGAAGCUUCAGUAAGAUUUUCGUGUGAAGUUUUUUUUACCAAUCUCGAAUUAUGUGCUCGGAAUUGCUUAAAGUUCUAGACCUAUACACACUGAGGUUAACGAAUAAUUUGCAACCACCAGCUAUUUAUGUACGAGAUUAGAGAUAGAUCGGACUUAAUUUCGGCAACUAAUGAAUACGAAAAAUGCGAAGUCAUAUUGUGCUGUGGCAUUAAACCCCGGGCAUUUAACGGAUAUAAAUAAAAAAUACAUAGGUAUAUUAAAAAACAAGUAUUUAUAAUACUGUAAUAAGAUACGUGUAAUGUGUGAAUUUGAGCAAAAAAUCUAGAAGAUUUAACUUUUUAAUGUUAACGAGAGCACAUCGGCUGACCCCAUUGAAAUAAUUACUUAUAUACACAUAUGUAUUUCAAUUCUGAACAUACUAAGGGUUUUGAUUAAUGGUGCGGCAUAGCAUACACAAAGGAUGUCCAGUACUGUAUUAACGCCUGGAAAUAUUGUUCCACCAGAUAUCGAUCAACAAAAAGUUACACAAUUAGUAUGGAGUCUUUAUGGUUUGCACGUGUUAGAUAUGACAGAGCUGAAUAGUUAUGAUGACCGAAAUUUUCACGUGCAAGUAACAAGAGAGAGUGUAAAUCCUAACAUUAAAAGUGUAUCAUCUGAUGGAUAUGUUCUUAAAAUACUCAAUUCUUUGGAUUCGGAAUUUGGAGAAGCAAUAGAAGCUCAAAAUGUUCUCAUUCAUCUCCUUGCCAACAAAGGAAUCAACACGCCAAAACCACUGAAAAGCUUAGAUGGCAGAUUGAUGUCAACAGAAACAUUGGCAGGUGGACGACAUCAUAUUGUUAGACUGUUUGAGUACCUGCCUGGUCGUAUUUUAGCAGGUUUGUCAUGUACUAAAGAUAUUGCAUUCGAAGUUGGGCAGUUAACCGGAGAGCUGGACCAGUGCUGUUGUGAUUUUCAUCAUGCAGGAUUUGACAACCAUAAAAGAAUAUGGAGCCUGACAGAAGUUCCUAAACUUCUCGAAUUUCUUUCCUAUAUAGAAGACACUGAACUAAAGAAUCUUGCCGGCGAAGUCAUCGACGUGUUUGUUAAAAAUGUUGUUCAGAAUUAUAGUAGUCUUAAAAAAGGCAUUAUUCAUGGUGACGUUAAUGAACAAAACAUCUUAGUUCAACAGAAUUAUAAUUGCAACUAUCAUGUGACAGGAAUUCUAGACUUCGGUGAUGCUGCGUAUUCCUAUUAUAUUUUUGAAGUGGCUAUUGCCAUGGUUUACAUCAUGCUAGAAAGUGACAUUUUAGAUCCAAUUAUAGCUGGAGGAUACACUUUGGCGGGGUUUCUAGCAAAAUUUCCCAUACCUGAAUCAAAUCUGAAUGUACUCAAAGAAUGCAUUUGUGCAAGGCUAGUUCAGAGUUUGAUCAUGGGACUUUAUUCCACUGCAAUGCACCCUGAAAAUUCUGAGUAUGUUCUGAAGACUUCCAAAAAGGGUUGGAAUAUGUUGAAGUUGGUAUGGAACAAAUCAGCCACGGAACUGAAAGAAACAUGGAACAAGUGCUUUUAGACUAAAUUGUAAACUUAAUUAGAUUAACUAUAUCGAGCUAUCGUAUUCUUUCAUGUGCAUUUUAGAGAUAUACUCAAAUUCACAAAAAAAAGAGACAAAAAGACAAAGUUUUGUUAUGUC